GCCCCCCCCCCCCUCCAUCCUCUCAUCCUCUCAUCCUCUCAUCCUGCAGACCAUCGGGCGGACGGACAGAUUUGCAGACAGUCAUGUCGGUGUCGCCCGCCCUCGUCGACCUCUCUCGCCUCUAUCAGACAGAGUUUGUCCGGAGCGCCCGCGCGGUCGGCGUCCUCUGGGCCGUCUGCUCGCUCUGCUUCGCCAUCAUCCAGGUGGUCGUCCUGGUGCAGCCGUCCUGGAUCGGCACCGGAGACACCCGCCACCAGGGGGUGGGACCGGCCCCGCCCAGCGGCACCCUGGGACUGUUUGAGGUGUGUGUGGAGUCGGACUGGCCGGUCCCAGACUGUCGUGGUGGUCUGUCCAGUCUGUCUCCUCUGCCGUCCUUUCAGUCGGUGGCGGUGUUGGUGGGAGUUUCUCUGUGGGCGGUGUGGACCAGCGUCCUCUGUCUCUGUCUCUUCAGGUUCUGCAGCGCCGCAACCGUGUACAAGAUCUGCGCAUGGUUGCAGCUCACGGCAGGUUUCUGUCUGGCGUUGGCUUGUCUUCUGUUUCCAGACUCGUGGGAGAGUCCAGAGAUGAGAGCUCUGUGUGGAGACUCUGUGGGCAGUUUCUCUCCAGGUAACUGUUCGGUCCACUGGGCCUACAUCUUGGCUAUCCUGGGUGUUCUGGACGCCGCCAUCUUGGCCACGCUGGCCUUCGUCCUCGCCAACAGACAGGACGCCCUGCUGCCCCCAGACACUAAGGAUGUGACCACAGGUCUGCUGAUGUCAGCGUAGAGCCGCCAGCGGCGGUUGGUCGUCACUUCUCCUCCUCCUGAUAUCUCCUACCCUUCAUCAUCAUCUUCAUCAUUAUAGGAGACAAAUAUCAACAUCAGCCAGAAGAAGAAUGAACCAGUCCUCCUGCUCUCCUUUCUCUUUAAUGCCGUCGUGAGGAAAGAUGGAUAAAGAUGAGCGGGAAGAAAGAAAAGGAGAUGCAAGACAGUAAAGGUGCAGAACACUGGAGGAUACAGAAGGUCUAUAUUAACUUUAGUAAAGUGUUCAGCUGUGCAUUUACAAAAUAUAACCUGUGACAUGGCUCAGCUGGUGGUUUAUAGCAUCGCACAGUAUUUAUUAUGUCUGUGUUCAUGUGUUGAGGCAAGAAGGUUUGGACAAGAUGUAGCGCCUCCAGCAUGAAUAACAUACAAUUCAAAUAAUGGUUCUGAACCAACCGCAGCACUUUAGAGGUGUGGUACUGUAAUGAGCUCAAUUUAUCGAUUCUGAUUCAGAUUGUACUUGAAAUGAAAUACGGUUCUUAUCCACUUCCUCCUUGCUCAUCUUCUUCUUAGAAAUUUGGUCUCCAACUUGGAACCGGUUCUUGAUAACCAACCGUCCACGAGACUGAAUUGCCAAUGUGUUUGUACUGAUAAUUUAAGUACAACAAAAUGUAUUUCUUGUUGUUGGCAUAACGUCACAAUAAUAUAUAUUUAAAUAUGAUUGUCUAAUAUUGAAUUCAUGUUCCCAGGGUUAUGCUAGUGUGAAGGUAGGAAGAGGAGAGGUGGUCUGAUGGGAAAACAAAUAACAGAUGAUGGUGGAGAAAGAGCUUCAGUUAGUUCUCUCUGCAGCGACGCCCCAAACAGAAGCUCAACAUGUUCUAUAAAAAUCAUCUUCUGUGAGUUUAAAACAUGUCAACAUUAAAUCUGAACCUCAAAGCAGCCAGCUGAGUUAAAGUCUGUGAUCUCUGUUUAGCUUAGCUUAGCACUAAUAUGUCAUCUACUCCAAAUCUGUUCAAUUUACAUGUUGGCUAGGUCCAGCUAGCUUAGAGUUAGCUUGUAGGUUUAGUUAGCUUAUGCGGCAUUCAGACCAAACGUGAAUUUAAUCCAUGCAACGCUUUCCUCGCGGGGGUUUUAUCGCUGGAGAGCUGCAGAGUGUUCACACACAACACGAUAACGCGAAUAAACGCAACUCGAUAUUACUACAACUGUAUGAACCCAAAGUAAACAUUUUGCUGUGAUUAAAUAGCAAUAAACGGAUCAAACUGAUGCCGAAAUAACUACAAUAUGAUGCAGAUUUGUUAAACAUAUGAAUUCAUGC